CCCGCCGUGACACAUCACCAAAGUUGCUGUCCCGCCGUCAGGCUUAGAGGAUAUUAUACUCUUUGAGUAAGCUUCGCUUUGGACGGGAAAUAGACUGUUCCCUAAAAGGGACAGUUUUUGCUUGUGCAUACAAGUGUCUUGAGUGAUGCAUUUGGAGCUGUAAGGAAAAAGAAAAUGUCUACUGCUGAGUCAGAACAGGAUAAACAGCCUUUUAGUGCUAUUAAUGAUGCAGUUCCUUCUGGAAAAGAUGAAUCAGGUGAUCCACCCACAGAAGUGACAAAGAGUACAUUUGAAACAGAAACCAAGCCUGUUGACUCAACUGUCACUGAAGCAGAGUCAGCAAAGAAUGGUGAUGAAGAAAAAACAGAAACUGAAGCACAGAACCCUGAAGUUGUUAUUAAUGGUGAUUUGAGUAAAAGCCAUGAAAAUGUCUCAUCUUUAACUAACGAAUCAAAUGAAACUAAUCAAAAAUCUACACAAAUCAAAGAGGUUGUCAAUGGGGUAGAAACUGGUGAUGAAAAUUGCACAACAAAGGAUGUAAAGAAUGAAGGGAAACCUGCGGAGACAACUGAACUUGAUAAAGGCCAAGAAAAAGUUGAGAAUGUUCCAGUGAAAGUGGAAGAUGCUGUUCCUGAGAGUAAAAGAGAAGAAGAAGCUGGAGUUAAAGAAAGUGUGGAACAAAAUGAAAAUCAGCCUUCAGAAGAAAGCACUGUUGCUGUAACAGACCAAGAGGGUGCUGACAGGAAAAGAGCCGUGACCAUUGACAAUCCAAGUGAUAUGAAGGAACUGACUGAAAAGAGUGGGGAGUCCACAAAAGAUGAUACAAAUAAGUUAUCUGUUCAAGAAAGGUCAAGAACUCUGGGAGAUAUUGAGGGAAGUGCUUCAACACCUUUAAAGGAGGAUGUUGCUGCACGAUCACAAACAGUCUGGUAUACUGAUAAAGUGGAAACCAAUGGAUCAAACACAGAAUGUGAUUCAGCUGAGGAGGCAGUUAGUUAUUCCACUAGUAUUGUAGGAGGAGCAGUUGUUAAAACCCCAAUCCAGUCAAACUCGCCAAAAACCCAACACAAGAAGAGGGAAGGAAGUCCUCAGCUCACUUCACCAAAGAAGAGAUCAGUCAUAGAUUCCCUAUUUAGACGACGAAAGAAGUCCAAAGGUGAUCCGGAGAGCCCCCUCGGGACCGCACCCAAUGACAAAGACCCUGCAUCUAGUCCUGGUGGUGCUGAUGCAGAUGCUUCAAAGGACGGUAAUGGGUCAUUAGAGACAAAGGAAGAGACAGGAGGUGCUCAAAACGUUGAUAUCAACCAGGGGGCAGAAGGAGAUGUCAAAUCUGCCGUGGUGGAAGAGGAUGAAGAUAGCCAUGCUACACCACAUCACUCUGAACCAGCGGAAGCAACUACUGUGGUAGAGAAGGAAGAAAGUAAUGAUGGUGUCAAUGAAAAAGAAGUUGAAACCACCAAGGAAUCGGAGGUAGAGGAAAAUCAGGUAGAGUCGCAGGAUGCGCAAGAAGUGUCAACACCUGUGGAAGAUGCGGAGGACAAUGAUGAGACAAACCCUGAAGCCCCCGAGGAUAAAGAGCCAGAGGAGUCAGAGGAAAUAAAAGACGCUGUCAAGAGAGCUCACACUGACAAUCCUGGGGAAGAGGAAACAAGUCCGCCACCUGCAGCAAAGAAAAAGAAAACCAUUUUUGGUGGUAUCUUUACGAGGCGCAAGAGUAAGAAAUUAAAAGGUGAAGACACUAGUUCUCCUGAUGAGGCACAAGAGGAGAAAGAUGAUAAACCAGAGGAGGAGCCUCAAACUGUGGAUGAUAAUACACCGCCAGCUGAAGGAGAAGGAGUAGAGACGCCAGAUGAUGGAAAAGACCAGUCUCCUCCAACUGAAACGGACGAGGGCACUGCUACCGCACAGCAAGAGGUAACAGUGGAUGUGAUUACUCCAGCUGUAGAUCAAGCUUUAGAAAGUGCUCAAGCGGAGGCAGUAACUGAGGACAAAGAUGAUGAAAAGACUGAGGAAAAAGAGGAGGAUGCUGCUGAGGCGGAGGAGCCAAGUACCAAAGAAGAUAAUGCACCUGAAAGUAACAAGAAAUCUUCAGAGGAAUCUUUGCAGUCUGAGGGUGCUGAGACCAAGGUCAAAAUAGAGGAGAGAGUGGAGAAACAUGUGACUACUCAAGAAAGCCAACCUAAAAAAAAGACUUCCCUUUUUGGUGGGUUUUUGACUCGGCGGAAGAGCAAGAAAACGAAAGGUGUCGAUGACGACCCUGCCGUCGAAACAUCACAACAAGAGGAUGAUAAGGUACAAGAGGAUCAAGGGGAAACCACGUCGACCCAACCUGCUGAUGAUGCCAAACCAGAUAGUGCUGAAGUCAAAGAGACGUCAGAGAAUGAGCAAGGACAAAUUCCGACACCAGACUCAAGUGAUACCACUCCUACUGCAGAGAAAGAAGUUGUAGAACCUGUGAUAAGUCCCGCAGCAGAUGAACCGGUGGAAAGUACAAACGAAGAAGGUGCUGAGGCUAAUAAAGAUGAUGGUAAUGUUGACGCACAGGAGACAAAAGGUGUUGAGAUGCAAACUGGAACAUCAGCAGAUGACGAGAAAUCUCCAGAAGAUGUAGUACAACCUAAAGAGGCCGAAGCUGUUGAUGGGAAGAAGGAAACAGAGGAAAAGGCUGUCACGAUUCAAGAAAAUCAACCAGAGAAGAAGAAAUCGAUUCUUGGUGGCCUUUUUUCCCGGCGUAAGAGCAAGAAAUUAAAAGAUGAUAGUUCGAGCCCAUCUGACGAAAAAAUGCACGAGAGCGACAGCGACAAAGUAGAAGAACACAAAGAUGACGGUGCGUCAACACUACCUGCAGUUGACACCUCACCCCACGCAGAGGAAGAAGGGAAGACAGUGGAGAGCGAGACAGAGCAAAAUGCGGCGCCCGAAGCAAGUGACGCCAUUGUUGCUACCCAGAAUGAAGUAGCGGAAGAUAUGAUCAGUCCUACAGCAGAUCAAGCUAUAGAAAGUGCCCCGGAAGAGGCUACAGAGAAGGAGAAAGUUCAUGAAGAGAGUGAAGGACAGGAAUCAGUGGCGGCAGAAGAGAGUGAGGCGAGUAAUAAAGAAGUGGAAGCUGUAGUGGCUGUGGAGGUUCAGAAAUCUGCAGAAAGUGAGAGUGGAGUAGAAAAUGAUAAAGCUACUGUAGACGCUUCAACCGAGCCCACAGUAGAAAAGCUGACUUCGCCCGAAGGGGAAGAAGCCCAGGACAACGCAGAUGCAGCAUCAAAGGAGCGAGAGGCACUCAUGAAAGGUUCAUACAGCCCUAAGACCCGCCGCAUGCAGAUGAGGAUAAGUUAUGCUGAGACAGUUGGAGAAAGUGGUCGAGAGGUCGAGCUAAUUGGUACACCAGAACGAGAUGCUGAAUCUCCUAUUCAGAAUAAUAAAACACCUCCAGACCAGCGGGUAUCGUGCCGGGCUCUUGGAGAAGUUGACCACGAAGGAUGGUUGGCAAAGAAAGGAGGUCCUCUCUUCUUCUCGAGCUGGAAGCGUAAAUGGGUGGUGUUGAAGGACGGGAAAAUGUAUUACUUCAAAACUUCUUUCGACCCUGAGGCCAGUGGAAUUAUAAACAUGCAGGGAACAACUGUGGCUCCAGCCCCUGAAACUAAAAAGAGCUUUUGUUUCAAAUGUGAGCAGCCGGGUCCCAAACCUCACGUGUUCCUGUUUAUGGCAGAGAGUAAAGAAGACAUGGAAAGAUGGCUGUCUGUGUUGACGGCUGCUUCAAAAGGAGAAGCCAUACCAAAAACUAAGCAGCAUCUGGCGGUCAAGGAGGAAGCAGUCAUGCGCAAGAAGUCAGGAUCAAUCAGUUCAGCGCAGAGAACGAGUUCUGUACUUGCUUAUGGAGGGCGUCAUAGCCUGAUAGUAGACGAAGAAGACUCAAACGCUCUCAGGGGGAGGUCUAAUCCAGGCUCUUUCUCAAAAGUACCGCAAGUGACAGAGACAGAGGAGAAAAAGGACACAAACUCUGAACCUGUUGAAACAGAGCCGAUACAGAAUGGCACGGAGCCAGUUACCGAACUCUCAGAGGACAAGCAAAAAGACACGAGCGAAAGUGGAGAAAGUCAAUCAACUGAAAAACCAGAAGCUUCCGCGGACGAAGUAGUGGUAAGUGGCGAGCAGGUAGUCUUAGAGUCUGCACCACCUAUUGAAGUGUCUCCUGAAAAAGACACACCGCCCGCGAAGGGAUUGGGCGAUGCUGCCUCGACUGAAGCUUCGCCUGAAGAGGAGAAGCGAGACGAAGAAGCCGUUGACGCAUCGGAGAAGAAAGAACCUGAGGGUACUCAACCCGAACAAGAAUCAGUGGGAUCAGCAGUUGACACAACGGACGGGGACAGUAGCGUUAUUACGACAGAGAGCUCCGUUACUGUAAUAGAGACAGUAAAAACAACCUCAGUAGUCUCCGAGAAAGUUGAAACUGUAGUGUCAGUGAUUAAAACAGAGGGAGCAGAAGUUACUCAUUCUGAGCAUCAAACGGAAACAGUAGAGGUGAAGCAGGAGAUCAUGGAAGAUGUCUUUGAAACUAGCCCGACGGAACCUGACGCCAGCGAACCAGAGUCCCCAUCAAGCACCAAAUGGUACUUCACUUUGAACAGGCAGGAAACAUGGUCUGUAGCAACCGAGACUGAAGAAAAGAAACCUCCGGUACGCAUCAAGUCUUCCAGCUCGGCUAGCGACAAAGGAUCGAUUAGGAGCGACAGAGCAUCGAUCAAGAGCGACCAAGGGUCAGUCAAGUCUUCUUCGGAAGAUGAUCAGCUUUUGGCCAUGUGUCGAAAUAUAAAAAAAGCGCGACUGUCGAUAGUAGGCGACCCGAUGAGGGAGGGUCCGGACAGACUUCGGGCGUGGUCAACUGUGAAGGAUAAUUCAGAGGAACAGCAAUUUGUCAGACUCAAGACGUUGGAAAGAACUCUCAAGGACAAAGAAAAGUAUCUCUCAGAGCUUGAAGAGUUAUUGACCCAACCGGAAAUAAACCGAGACUCCAUAUACGCAUGGAAGCUACGCUAUUCAGAUUUGGUAGAAGAGCUGUUCCCUAUGGAGAAUGAAGAAGAUGGAGGGGAGAAGGCCAAAGAUACUGAGAGUGGAGCGGAGGGUGAAACGGAAGAGCCAAAGAAGGAAGAUGAUGAAGUAAAACCUAUAGAUGUGGAAGAAAUAGAGAAGGUGGUUAAGGAAGGAGAAGGAAAGAAAUCAGAAGAAGAAGCCGUCACUUGCUCGGAGAAAAACCAAGAAAAUGUGGAUUCGAAAAAAGAGUCUUGUGAGGGAGAACAAGAGCAACAGUCGAGCGAUGGACGGGAGGACACAGAAGACAAUGAAAAUGACAGUGAGAGAGCUAGCGUCCAUCAAACUGAAGUUAAAGGUGCACUGCUUUCAGACUCGGAACAAAAAUUGAAUGAAGCAGGAACUGAACAGGAAAAGCUGCACCAAGAGAAAGAGAUUUCAACCGAAGGGAAGCCCUCUGACGGUAAAGAAGAAGCCGGAGAAAAAAAGAGUAACAGAGCAACGGAUGAUACUCAUCUUUGAUUCGAGAGAAGAGGCAACACCACAGGACAAUGUCAGUGUAGGUGGUGCGAAAAGGUAACCGUGUCAAACAAUGGAGAGGAGUCAACGAACUUCUCACAUUUAGGCAAUUAAUAAUCCCAGCGUCAUAUUUAUGUUAGAUGGGAAAAAUCGAGAGAAUUACAAGAGGGCUCAUAAUAAUGAGAAUUAAGGAACAUUAUUCAGACGGCUCAGAAUUUCAUACUAAUCUUGCGCAGCUCUUAUUUCAAGAGCUUAUCCUUAUUCAUUCCUUGAAAUUACUUAAAUGGCGAUCAUUUAGUUAAUUAUUAAGUUGCCUGCACUUCAAGCCGUGAGAAAAGUUUUUUUCGAUUGGCCUAAAAUUGUUGCAAUAACUGUGAAACUCAGAACAUCGUGUACAACAGAAUGAUCAGAGAGUGUUUAAAUUACUCUUCAAAGCAAAAGUCAGUCGCAAGAAAAAUAUUCCGCAAUCAGAAAUUAUUCCCAAUUGAUAGAAUUGAAGCUUUCUUACGUUUACUGAAUUUUAAUUGCGAUCGAAUCAAAUCGUCCGUGUGCACGGUUUUCUGAGUUUCGCACGAAGCACGCAAUUAACGAUACUGUUUAAUAAGCAUCACGCAAUCGAUGAUUGCGUGACGGUAAUGAUUCAUGAAAGCUCCUCUAUCUAAGUCGUGUUCGCCACCUUUCAAUGAGUCGUUGUUGACUCAAAAUCUAUGCUGUUACUUUAAUUUUCACAAUAUGUGAAUGGCAGAGCUCAGGUGAAUUUUAUAUUAUGGCGCUGAAGCAAAUCUUGUAGCAUAUCAAUUCAAAUUAUUUUAUACGACAUAAAUGGAAUCUAAUUAAGAGAGGUUGGCUAACGUUUUGAGUGCCUUGUAGGCGCAAAGUUUUUCUGCUGAUGUGACAAAAUUUGUGCGCUUCUUUUGACUAAAAAAGAGAAAAAACAAUACGGGAUUUGAAAAGUGAAACCUCUUGGAAAAGGUUCCAGUAUAAGGGUUAAAAAAAAAAUGAGAAUUGAAUAUUAUUAAAAUUAUGGCAUUAAAGGCUGCAUUCCAUGUUGGGUCACAGUAUUUCUAUCCUAACAUGGUCACUGGUAGAGUUUAUAUUAUACUUUUAGUUGUUGUUGAUUUUUUUUUUCUUUCAUUUUCAAAAUGACCGUUCAAUUUUACGAGACGAUCAACCUUCAUGUAUACCAAAUGCUAUGUUUAUGUUCUCGGUGAAAUGCUUUUGCCACCUUUUCGAGGGAUAGAACUGAAAACUCAGAUGCCGCAAUGACUGAAAUAAGAAAAGAGUUCUCAGCGAAAAAAACGCAUCCUUUUGCCUCAGUAGUUACCAAGUGGCCUAAAUGAGAAUUUCUCAAGAGGGAAAAAAAAGCGAGCUUCCGAGAACUGAAUAUAUCUUACUUCUUUUUCGUACUCAAAUCGACAUGUACGUAUCCAACUGAAUUAAAGAACAAAAUGGUCAUUAUUUACCUACAAUAGCGUUGCGAGUGUGGUAGUUCAUACACUAGAUUAAGCUUGGAUUAUACAAACUGCAACAAACCCACCUCAUCGUAUUUUAUAUGCGUGAGUUAAGACUUUUUUAUUAAAAGUCAGCUUAGGUGUGUCACCUCUUAAAUGGUACCGACAGUUGUGUUAAUUCAAUAAAGAAAGAAAUAUUUAGCAUCGCAA